AUGGGUGAUUAUAUUACAGUUGAUAUUUCAUCUCAAAUCAUGACCUUCGUCUCUGCAGACAAGCCAAUUUCUGUCAUUCAGUAUGUCAAAGGGAAAACCUCAGACAGCAUGAUUUAUUCUGACCCUUCAAUGAUUCGAGUCAUUCCGAUCGAACAAUAUGUAAGAAGCACAGUUUUUCCUGUACAAGAAGCUGACAGAUUGUCAACGUUGACGAACAUUGAUACCACCUAUCUUGAAAUCACCUCCGAGUGUAAAUACUUGAAGAACAUUUCGGUUGUUCAAAACUAUCAAUCAUUGUCAAUAGAAUGGAUAGAGGAAUAUUCUCUUAAUAUACUCAACGGAACUGAAAUGUGCUCAAGAUGGUGUGUUGUUACCCACGGUAGAUACUCCGUAGAAAGUGAUCGUGUCAUCACGGACGACGGACAGGUGAUCUACCCCAGGUUUAGUGCUGUCGUAUACGCUACAGGUAGUGGGGAAUCGUACCUGUACCGAGCAGGAGCCAACGAUAGAACAUUGAACCUUGAAUCAGAUAGUGCUACGAAAACAGGUCACUUUCUAGUUUUGAUCAAACCUCAUAUCGUCACCGUAGAGGCCACUGAACUCGUCGUAUCCUGGGUGAUAACAGAGGAUGGGGUUGGUCUCUUUGAUAGGUGCACUGCAUUUAUUACAGGAGACGCCAUAGACCGAUCUGUCCUUAUCAACACCGAGCCAACUGUAAGCCUUUCAGGACUUCUUCCAGGAACAACGUACUCCAUCAGGAUCAACUGCUCCAACAACUUCGGAAUCCAUGACUGGAUUGACUUUCCACCCGAGACCACUCUCAACGCUGUUCCUGAUAGACCUUCUGUUCUAUACGAGGCUGUUGGUGGAAUUGACCGCUACAGCUUUCAAGUCAACGUGCCAUCAUAUACAACAUCGACUGGACAGAUCAGCUGCUAUGAAUUCAUCGUUGUCCAACUGCACAAUUCUUCGGGAAACAUUGAUUCCGAUGACGAUGCUUACAAUGAUGUCAGUGAUUACAACAUCACCAACAACCAGAAAGGAACUCCCUUCAGAGUGAUAGUGCUCAAAUCCCUCCCGAUCGAUAACGUCAUCACGAUCGGAUCGGUGAUAGAGAGACAAUCAGAAUGCAACAUGGCGGAUGGACGUAGCGAAGAUGAUGAAAGAACAAAACGAGAUGCACGUAUUGUGAAUAGUACUAUUCUCAGAGCUACAAAUGGUCCGCUUAAUCCAGGUGGAUAUUACACCUGCUUUCUUCGAGUUUACUCACCAACCGGCAAAGGCAGGAACCUAAAAAUCUUUAUCACAUGA